CGUUUGUCUCAAGUUUUUCACCUAGUCCGCUUAAUAGCUCGCCCCCUCCAACCUCGGAGCGACAAAAACAAAAGGACGCUCUUCGAAUGUUCACGACUCGCAAACCCCGUGUCCGCAACACCUCAGGCACCCAGCAGAGCAAGUUUCGCCCGGUGGAGUCCUUCACUUCAGACAGGGAGGCCCUCCCCAAAGAACUCGAAGGACUGGCACACGACCUUGUCGUAUUCGAGAAAGCCUUACAAACCCUCCCUGGUUUCCAUCACGUUCCGGACUACACCGCGGAAGACGUAGACCACUCGUUUUUAAGUUUGAAGCAAGAUCUACAUUAUUGGGCCCGCAAUCUGAGUAACUUCGAGGGUAGCUUCCAUUUGCCCGCCCUUCGUCGACACGUUGCCACUAUUGCGGACGAAAUGGUGGUUCAUCUGGAUGCAGUCACAGAUGCAUUGCGUGUGUUUUUUGAGAUCGGCCUGCCCACGAUUAAGUUUGCCCAGCAGCACACCACGGACACAUUGCAAAAUUUAUCAACCGUGUCAACUUUCUUCUGCACUGUGUCUGCAACAACCAUCCAAUUCAGUUACCAGAAUUCGGAUACUAGAUUACAGAAAGUCGUGAACCUGUUCUGGCUAUUGUCGCUAGUGUUCUCUAUGGCUAGCGCGGUCAACAGUCAAUUGGGUUACCGUUGGACUUUGGCAGUGUACUCCAGUCCUCUUUCGGCUGUUCCGUGGUGGAUCUCCAUCUGGGUCACCAAAACCCCUCUCUUCUUUUUGAUCGCAUCUGUAGCUACAUUUGCUCUAGGUUUGAUCUGCUUCGCUUUCUCAACCUUCUCGCAUACACGCUACAUCCCCAUCUGCGUCACAGUGGUGGCAGCUCUUUCAGCAACCGCCCUUUUCUUUGUCAGCCUCUGGUUCCUUGGGGAUUAUCGUGCAUUCAAGAAGAACAAAGGAUCGAGGUGGCUGAUGGAAGAACUAGAGGAAUUUGUCCAGCAGCAUCCCAGGCUAGGCUGGAUCCUUGAUUGGAUUCGCUCCACGUCAAAAGUUUAUUCGGGCCCAAAGAACCGUAUUCGAACUUUCCUGGGAAGACGUUCAGUGUCUGGGGAUAACGUGCUUCCUAUCGUGUCUGGGAUUACCGAGAGCGAUUUCCUCGAACAUGAGCAGGAGAAGGAAGUGAAGUAUCCGGACUCUUCCUCUGAACGAGGUUCAAUGUCGGGCCUCAUGACGCUGUCUCGUACCUUAUCUAUGGCUGCGUCAGGCGACAAUGCCCUGGAGCGGGAAAUUGGACCGAGAAGUGGGGCGGAAUCACAGGCAUUCUCACAAUUCAGUCAGGCCCUAAGUCGGAUUCGACCGAAUCUGGAACUGGACAAAGAAUCUAGAAAACUGACAUCCCCGAUCCAACGAUUCCGAGAGGUCGUGAUGAAGGUUAUCAACAAUAAUCGCCUCGCUAAGGAGGAAAGGAGGAAGAGUCUGGAGUCCAUUGGCCCUGCACUCAAGUCCUUCUCGUUAUCUCACACAAUAAAGGAGCAUGCGGCGACAAUUCAGGACAUCAAGUUCAGUCCUGAUGGAGAUUUCUUGGCGACUUGUUCAUGGGACCAAACAGCCAUCGUCUGGCGCAUCGGCGCAUCGAUGCAACUUCAUCGCAGGCUGCAAUUCCAGGGAGCAAACUAUCCCUCACGCCUUGCUUGGGCCCCGGAUAAUGAACUAUUGGCCGUUAAGCUAGCGAAAGGUUACGUCAUCUGGAACAUAUCAACCGGUAAGAAGCAUCCUCCAGUCAAUCGAAUUGGCACAGUGCAGAAUAUCACUUGGAUGCCGGACGGGAAGUCCCUUGUGUGCACGGAGGGCACCUAUAUUUAUCACAUGAACAUGGAUGGAACCGAACUUUGGAAGGUCAAUCUUACGUAUUCGCUCGAUGAAGUCGUUAUUACGCCCGACGGGAAAAGACUGCUGGCCGUGGGCACGCUGAAUGUUACGCCUGAUGAUGAACAACUGGCACCAUCGAGGUCACGUCCCGAACGUCGUAUCAUUUUGUUCAAUAUUGAAGAAAAGAAAACUAUUCACGAGAUGCCGACCCUUAAUGACGUUCAAGGCUUGAGUUUAUCUGUCUCUGGCUCGGUUUUACUCGUCACACACGAAGAGAAGACGCCUCCGCAGUUGUUCCGUGUCAAUCCUACAUGGCUAGCUCUCUUGCAUACAUACCCUAUACCGAACGCUAUGGAAUAUGCUGGUUCUAGCCAGCUCGGCAUCCCAGGCCCGACGUUCGUAGUAGGUGCACCAAAGAUGGAAGAUCAGAUCAUCGUUUGUGCUAGCAUACGUGGUGACUUCUUUAUAUGGGAUCGAGAGUCCUCUCGCCUCUUGCACUCGUACCGCGCAAUCAUCCGCAAAGGUUCCCACUUGACCGGGAUCGCGUGGAACCACGGGUCGACGAAAGUUUUAAUGGUCGCAAGCUCCUCCAGCGAUGGUACUAUUAGGAUAUGGAGUUCGCCUUGGGGGGGUCACGGGCCUGCAUUCCCACUGCCUCACCAAGUUUAGGAGAUCUUCUUGUGCCACACGAUAUCAUAACCCAUCCCAGGUGGACGGCGGUUCAGUUAUGUACCCGUUUUUGAAUGUUGACUGGGAGACCAGCUCGAAAUAUAUCUCCCUUGCAUGCCCUGAUAAA